CUCUCUGGUGGAUAAGCGCGCUAUAAACUACAAACACAAGUGCAGUUGGAAUUUAUGCUCCAGACUGUCAGCUAAGCUGGAGGCAGCUAACAGUUGCUCGCGAGCAUCACCCGCUUCGACUAACCGCCACCCGGUGAAGCGAAACCGGCGCCAGAGAGCCAGCCGAGGCAGGGAAGACCUGACACUCUGCCAGGAUGAACGGGGACGAGCUGAACCCUGCUGCAGUGGCUAAGCCAGUCGAGGAUGUUCAGGGAGAUGGACGGUGGAUGUCACAACACAUAAGAUUUGUACAAGAAUGCAAAGAUGCUGAACCAGAUGUGCUGUUUGUUGGGGAUUCUAUGGUACAGCUAAUGCAGCAGUAUGAGAUCUGGAGAGAGUUCUUCUCUCCUCUUCACGCACUCAACUUUGGCAUCGGUGGAGACACCACGUGUAACGUGCUGUGGAGGCUGCAGAACGGAGAGCUGGAGAACAUCCGUCCCAAGGUGGUGGUGCUGUGGGUAGGAACCAACAACUAUGAACACACAGCAGAGCAGGUGGCGGGAGGGAUCGUUGCAAUUGGACAAGAGCUCAUUUCACGUCUCCCCAAAGCAAAGAUAGUAGUACUGGGUUUGUUGCCCCGGGGGGAGCGUCCCAACGCGCUGAGGGAGAAGAACACCGCGGUGAACGGGUUCCUGCGCUCCUGGCUGCCGCGGUUGGGCCAGGCUCAGUUUCUGGACGUCAGCAGGGAGUACGUCCACUCCGACGGGACCAUCAACCCAAGGGACAUGUUUGACUUCCUCCACCUGACGGCGUCGGGUUACCGCACCAUGGCCAAGCCGCUCAGUGACCUGCUGCUUCAGAUACUGGAGGAGACGCCGGAGGAGAGACGGGCGUCGCUGGUCUGAACGCCGUGGCCACAAAGCACACUGACCCGGAGGCAUGUCUCACCUGCAGUGGAGGAGGAGUGAGGGGGGGGACAUGCCCCCGGUACCUGAAGGAGUAGAGGCUCGCGGCCCCGGGGGGGAGGUGGUUCGCUCGCCAGGGCGAUCCCACUUGAUUUGAUUUGUGAGCGGAGUGAUCAGGUGCUGACGAGGGAGAGAGAGACACACAGUGGACGUGGACGCAGAGCUGAUAAGGACCCAACAUGUUCAGACUGUCCGGAAACACAGAAGCAUAAUGUUCAUGUGGGAUAACAAUCUCACACACACACAUCCAUACACCCAUACACAAUAUUAUUAUAUUGUGGAUGAAAAGAGUGUUUCCUUCUUUCACCUGUGCCACAGACAAAAACAUCCAGUUUCCUAAUCCUUGCGAUGUAAACAGAAAGCUGUGUGGAGCGUUCUCUUCUCACUGUAUGCAGAUCCAAGACGUGGUUUCAGACUCGGUGGCCGAAACACCACAGAUUAAUUUUUUUCAGACAUGAAACUACACACUGCUUCUUCUAUUAAACACUCAAACUGUUUCAUAAACGCGACACAGCUUUCAGGAGUCUGCAAAACCCUGUUGCCGCUGUUACACUGAUGAUAUAGAUAAUAUAUAUAUAUAUAGACGGUAUAUAAAAAACAACUUUCUUACUAUUUUGCUUCGAGCUUAACGUUGCUUUGGAAGCCAGUAUAUAGAAAUAAUUGGCAGACAUUUCUGAUUAUAAUUUUGUCUGUGUACUGUUUGAUGAACGCAGCCCAGCAAAGAGCGCUGAGUGUAAUUCAUGUACACUUUGUGUAGCUUUUGUUUUUUAAAUGGUUACCUAGAAUAAGCGAGGUUUUAACACCUGGAGCUCCUGUUUGCGUCUGUAUGAAAACGGCACUCUGUCUGUCGAUGUCAUGUAUUUGUACAUAUCCAUAAAUGAUGGCACGCUGCUGAAUCUGCCUAUGUAGGCCUUCCAAACAUACUUCCAAAGCCAGGCAUUUAUGUUUGUGGAAGCUGCAUCCAAAUUACUCAGUGACACUUGAAGUGAGUCUGUUACAGAUUUUUGGGAAACACUGAGCUGCGUUCCCUCCACAACACUGCUACUUCUCAUCACUAACAUGACAUGCUGCACCUUCAUCCCACCUCUCUGUCUGAUACAUUUUAAUAAUCAUUGUCAGGCUCUUAAACUUGGCUCUCUCUCCCUCUCAUUUUAUACGCGCAUAUCCUGUAAUUUCCGUUUUUAUUCGGCUUUCUCUGCUCCCGGAUCUCUGACCUUGUCGUAUUUGUCGUCGACGCUCGCCCGGCCCCGCCCCUCUGCGCUCUCUUGACUGAAUAUUUUUUUAGAGAUAGCCACACUAUUAAGCUAUACUGAACACAGCUACACUGGACUUACUCACGCUAAAUGUUAGAGAGCAAAUCACAGGUUAUGUAAAGAAAACCGGUCGUCUGUGGGCUUUUUACUAGCUGUUUGUUCAUGGCUCAGCUCCGGUCGGGUCCUGGCCGAGAGCCUCUUAUCAAGUUAUGACUUAUCAAACGUUACUGCUGUCUUAAAGCGCUGCACAUUUGCGUGAUGUGUUAUAUAUAAAUAUUGUAUGUGCGUGUGCCUUAAGUGUUGACGAGGACGGUUGUGUACAGUGUGUGUGGUCCUGGAAUUGUGCAAGUUGGACAUGCGAGUGACUAGAAAUGAUCCCAGUUGUACAUAAGAUGAGGGAAAAAAAUGUGAGAAAAUGCUGUUGUUGAAGGAUGUUCAGAUUGUGGGAGUCUGUGUUUGCUGUGAUACAGUAUUUGCACUGUUUUGGCUCAUUGUCAUGUUAUUGAGGUAAAGCAUUCCAAUAA